GCAAAUUAUGUAGUGUUCAACUAAACGUAGUUUCCCCGUUUCUUUGAUGCAGCUGUUGGCCCUUCGUGAUCUGGUGGUGUUCGGACGUUUGCACUGGGAUUCUCUACCCUCACCAAAUUACGGAACCUGGAAAUUGAAGGCUGCCCAAAGUUAGAAGAAAGUUGCAACAAUCGGAGUGGCCCAAACUCCCAGUGGUCCAACAUUUCCCAUAUUCCUAAAGUUAAAGUUGGUGGAAGCAUAAUUCAGGACUUGCCUGUUGUCCGUUCGUGAUCUGGUGGUGUUCGGACGUUUGCACUGGGAUUCUCUACCCUCACCAAAUUACGGAACCUGGAAAUUAAAGGCUGCCCAAAGUUGGAAGAAAGUUGCACCAAUCGGAGUAGCCCAAACUCCCAGUACUGGUCCAACCAACAUUUCCCAUAUUCCAAAAAUUGAAUUCCAAGGUCAUACUAGAACAUUGUUGAGGCAUUUCAAGUGCAAAAUCCAUGGGCGGCAAUUACGUCAGUGGUUGGCAAACAAACAACUAGCAAAAGAAGAUUUGUGCAAAAACUUUGGUGUAGAGGAAGAAGAGGACUUUGUGUGAAUUAAGGAGAAAAAACAACAAUGGCCGACCCUGUAAUUGGUGCUACUGUUCAGGUUGUGCUUGAGAAGCUACUUUCUCUCACAAUUGAGGAGGCCAGAAGUUUAAGGAACUGCAAGAAAAAUCUCAGAAUGCUGUCAAGAUAUGUAACCAUGAUCCAAGCUUUCAUUCAUGAUGCUGAAAGACGACAAGUCGAAGAUAAGGCUGUGGAAGAAUGGCUCAAGAUGCUUGAGAGAAUUGCUGAAGAUGCUGAAAAUGUGUUUGACAAAUUCACAUAUGAAUCUAUCAAAGCGAAAGUGAUGAACAACCGAGCCAAACUAAUGGAAAAGGUCAGUCAAUUCUUUUCUCAUACUGCUUUCAAGUACAAAAUGUCUCGAAAAAUCAAUAAGAUCAAUGAAGAGUUGAGGGAUAUCAAUCAGUUAGCUAACAACCUCGGUUUCCAAUCACUGACGGUUCCUUCUCGGAAAAUACUACUAAUCCGAGAAACAGAUUCUGCACUAGUUCCUUCAGAUGUUGUUGGUAGAGACAAAGAUGUUGCUGUAAUAAAGGAGAAGAUUUUGAACAUGAGAAAGGAUGCUGUUCUGUGCACCAUUCCCAUAGUCGGUAUGGGGGGUUUAGGGAAAACUACUCUGGCUAAGAGGAUUUUCAAUGACCAACACAUCGAGAAACACUUUGAAAAGAGAAUUUGGUUGUGUCUACCUGAAAUGUCUGAAAUUAAGAGCUUUCUUGAACUGAUCCUCGAAUCAUUGACAGAGAGGAAAGUUGAGGUCCAGAGCAGAGAUAUAAUAGUCAAGAAGCUCCGAGAUGCAUUGGGAGAAAAACAGUAUUUGCUUGUCCUGGAUGAUUUGUGGCGUGUUGACUCUACUUCGUGGCACGAGUUCUUGGACACCUUGAGGGGAAUAAAUACAUCCAGAGGAAACUGCAUUCUCGUGACUACUCGUUCGAAGCAAGUGGCAUCCAUAGUAGCAGCAGAUCUUCAUAAGUUGGGGAAAUUAACAGAUGAUCAUUGUUGGUCCAUUUUCAAACAACGAGCAUUUGUUGAUGGGGAAGUUCCGGAGGAAAUACUGAGUGUGGAGAACAAGAUUGUUGAAAUGUGUCAAGGUCUACCUUUGGCUGCUAGUGUGUUGGGAGGCCUCUUUUGUAACAAGGAAAAACAUGAAUGGCAGGCAAUUCUUGAUGGCAGCUCCCUUGUUGCAUCUGAAGAUAGCAUUAAGAAUAUCCUAAAACUCAGUUAUGAUUAUCUACCAUCUCCACAUCUGAAGAAAUGGUUUAGUUACUUUGCAAUGUUUCCAAAAGAUUUUGAGUUUGAAAAGGACCAACUAAUCCAACUCUGGAUGGCAGAAGGGUUUCUUCGUCUAUGUCAAGAGACCACUGUGAUGGAAGACGUCGGGAACAAGUUUUUCCAACUCUUGUUACAAUAUUCCUUGCUGCAGGAUGUUAAGCUAGAUGAGUACAACAAUAUAACACACUGUAAGAUGCAUGAUCUUGUGCAUGAUUUGGCAGGAGAUAUUUUUAAGUCUAAACUAUUUGAUCAAAAGAGUGUCGGAGGAGAAAGUCUUUCUCAAGUUCGAUACUUUGGAUGGGAAUCACCAAGUGAUCAAAUAGAUAAGAUAUAUGAGCCAGGACGUUUGUGCACAUUGUUCUGGAAAAGCAAUAUAUCUGAUGAUAUGCUAUUGAGCUUUCAGUUCUUGAGAGUUUUAAAUUUGUCCAGGUCAGGCAUCAAGGAGUUGUCAGCCUCAAUCGUCAAGCUAAUAUACUUGAGAUAUCUUGAUCUCUCCAAUACUGAGAUGAAAAACCUUCCCAACUCCAUAUGCAAGCUCUACAAUUUGCAAACUUUGAGAUUCUAUAGCUGCUGGUGUCCACUCGGGAAACUUCCAGAAGAAAUGGCAAAUAUGAUAAGUUUGAGACACAUAUGUUGCUACCAUUGUUUCGAAUCAGAUUCUCAGAUGCCACUUAAUAUGGGGCAAUUGACUAGUCUUCAGACGCUACAGUUUUUCUAUGUAGGUUUAAAGAAAGGUCAUCGAAUAGAAGAACUGGGUUGUUUGAAAAAUCUUAGAGGUGAAUUGACGAUCGAACGUCUACAAUUAGUCGGAAAUAAAGAAGAGGCUCGAACAACAUAUUUACAGGAGAAACCAAAUAUCUACAAACUGGUGUAUUCGUGGUCCCAUGAUGAAUCAGAAGGCUGUGAGAUCAAUCAUGAGCAUGUGUUGGAUGGUCUUCAACCACAUCUGAACUUGAAAACCUUAGAAGUUGUGGACUAUUUAGGGACUAAAUUUGCUUCAUGGUUCAGUGAAAAAAUGCUACCAAAUUUGGUCAUGUUGAGAUUAAGUGGUUGCAAAAGGUGCAAAGAAAUUCCAUCACUUGGCCAACUGAAAUUCCUUCGGCAUCUUGAGCUGGUAGGAUUCCAUGAGUUGGAAUGCAUUGGACCUGCUUUAUAUGGUGUUGACAUUAGCAAUAUUGGAUCAAGCAGCAUUAUCCAAGUGUUCCCGUCAUUGAAAACACUAGUAUUGGAGGAUAUGCGUAGCCUUAUUGAGUGGAAGGGAGAUGAAGUUGGAGUAAGAAUGUUUCCUAGGCUUGAGAAGUUGAGGAUUAGGAACUGUCCAUUGUUAAAAGGUACUCCGAAUCAAUUUGAAAUCCUCCGUGAAUUAGUAAUUGUCAGAGUUGACAGUGAAAUGCCAUUGUUGAACUUGUGCAGCAACUUGACAUCUCUCAUAGAGCUUGAAGUCUAUGAUAUGAAAGAGCUCACUUGUUUGCCAGAUGAGAUGCUACGCAACAAUGUUUCUCUUCAACACAUAUCGGUUUCCGACUGCAGAGAGUUUCAUGAAUUGCCACAAAGCUUGUACAAUCUCCAUUCUCUUAAGCUCUUAACGAUUGAUAACUGCACGAAUUUCAGUUCUUUUCCUGUUCCGAGUGAAGAGAAUUAUUUGACUUCCCUCCAAGAUCUUCGGUUAUUGGAUUGUGAUGGAUUGAGCAGUUUACCAAGUGGAAUGCUAGAGCAUUGUCGGUCUCUGGAAACUUUGAGUGUCAGCCGCUGUGACAAUUUAGUUUCAUUCCCUUUACAUGUGGGGGAAAUGCCUUCACUUUCCUAUUUGUAUAUAUCACAAUGUCCCAAAUUGAUUAGUUUACCCUCAGGGGGUAUUCACCAUCUCACUGAGUUAAGUGAACUGGAAAUUGGUCCUUUCUCAGAGAUGGUGGAUUUUGAGGCAUUCCAAUUGAUUUUUAAUGGCAUUCAGCAGCUGCUGUCCCUUCGUACAUUGUGGGUGUAUGGACAUGGUCACUGGGAUUCUCUGCCCUAUCAGUUUAUGCAACUCUCUGACUUAACAAAGAUUCAAAUAUAUGGAUUCGGAAUCGAGGCUCUUCCUCAUAGAUUUUGCAACCUUACUUCUCUUGGAACGUUAAGGUUAGUGAGGUGCAAACGGCUACAGAACCUGGACUUCUCAUAUGUCAUGCCCAAAUUACAAUAUCUGUGUGUAGAGGAAUGUCCAUUGUUAGAAGCUCUGUCGGAUGGGCUUGGCAACCUUGUUUUUUUGGGACAUUUACAUUUAGUAAACUGUGAGAAACUAGAGCAUUUGCCAUCGAGAGAUGCCAUGCAACGCCUCACCAAAUUAUGGAACCUGGGAAUUAAAGGCUGCCCAAAGUUAGAAGAAAGUUGCACCAAUCGGAGUGGCCCAAACUCCCAGUGGUCCAACAUUUCCCAUAUUCAAAAAAUUGAAGUUGGUGGAAGCACAAUUCAGGACUUGCGUUAUUAGCUCGAAGGUCACACUAGAACGUUGUUGUGGCAUUUUAAGUCAAAAUCCAUGGGCAGCAAUUACACUAGGGUUAGUUAUGUUCGAUAGAGAGGAACCAACACGUUUGUUUUGUUGAAGAACAGAAUCUUCAGCCGUAGACUCUUACAUGAGCAUUUGAUUCUUGAAUGAAACAAUGGCAUGAAACUUGUCGAGAUGGUAUACUGAAGCAGACUUCUCUUAGAUGUGUUUAAGUGUCGUGAUUAGCCAGGGAAAUUACAUUAGGCGGAAACUGGAGAGGAGAUACUAUUUACUUGUAUGACUAAGAUUUGACAGCAGAGGCCUUUCUUGCACAGUGUUCAUGCCUUUUUGUACAAAGAGUUUUUUGUUUCCAGCAAACAUUUUGAACUUAAUACUUAGCUGCUGCAUCAUUGCCUAGUUCAUAUACAUCUUCUUUAAUCAGUUAAUGUAGCUGUUCUUUUCCUCUUCA